UCACGGCGGCUACGCGCCUGCGCGAGGGAGGGCGGCGAGCGCGCGCGGGGGCGGGCUCUACUAAGCUCCCAGCUGCAGCCGCGGAGCCGGACGUGUCCGCGAAGAUGGCGGGCCGGAGUAUGCAAGCUGCAAGAUGUCCUACAGAUGAAUUAUCUUUAACCAACUGUGCAGUUGUGAAUGAAAAGGAUUUCCAGCCUGGCCAGCAUGUGAUUGUGAGGACCUCUCCCAACCACAGGUACACAUUUACAUUGAGGACCCAUCCGUCAGUGGUUCCAGGGAGCAUCGCAUUCAGCUUACCUCAGCGAAAAUGGGCUGGACUUUCUAUUGGGCAAGAAAUAGAAGUAUCCUUAUAUACAUUUGACAAGGCGAAACAAUGCAUUGGCACAAUGACCAUCGAGAUUGAUUUCCUGCAGAAAAAGAGCAUUGACUCCAACCCUUAUGAUACUGACAAGAUGGCAGCAGAAUUCAUUCAGCAGUUCAACAACCAGGCGUUCUCAGUGGGACAGCAGCUUGUGUUUAGCUUCAAUGAAAAGCUUUUUGGUUUGCUGGUAAAGGACAUCGAAGCCAUGGAUCCUAGCAUCUUGAAGGGAGAGCCUGCGACAGGUAAAAGACAGAAGAUUGAAGUAGGACUGGUUGUUGGAAACAGUCAAGUUGCAUUUGAAAAAGCAGAAAAUUCAUCACUUAAUCUUAUUGGAAAAGCGAAAACCAAGGAAAAUCGCCAAUCUAUCAUCAAUCCUGACUGGAACUUUGAAAAAAUGGGAAUAGGAGGUCUGGACAAGGAAUUUUCAGAUAUUUUUCGACGAGCGUUUGCGUCCCGAGUAUUUCCUCCAGAGAUUGUGGAGCAGAUGGGUUGCAAACAUGUUAAAGGCAUCCUGUUAUAUGGGCCCCCAGGUUGUGGUAAGACUCUCUUGGCUCGACAGAUUGGCAAGAUGUUGAAUGCAAGGGAGCCCAAAGUGGUCAACGGGCCAGAAAUCCUUAACAAGUACGUGGGAGAAUCAGAGGCUAACAUCCGUAAACUCUUUGCUGAUGCUGAAGAGGAACAAAGGAGGCUUGGCGCGAACAGUGGUUUGCACAUCAUCAUCUUUGAUGAAAUUGAUGCCAUCUGCAAGCAGAGAGGGAGCAUGGCUGGCAGCACAGGAGUUCACGACACUGUCGUCAACCAGUUGCUGUCCAAAAUUGAUGGGGUCGAGCAGCUGAACAACAUCUUAGUCAUUGGAAUGACCAACAGACCAGACCUGAUAGAUGAGGCUCUCCUUCGACCUGGAAGACUGGAAGUUAAAAUGGAGAUAGGCUUACCAGAUGAGAAAGGUCGACUACAGAUCCUUCACAUCCACACCGCAAGGAUGAGAGGGCAUCAGUUACUCUCUGCUGACGUAGAUAUUAAAGAACUGGCUGUGGAGACCAAGAAUUUCAGUGGUGCUGAACUGGAGGGGCUGGUGCGGGCCGCACAGUCCACGGCUAUGAACCGACACAUCAAGGCCAGUACCAAGGUGGAAGUGGACAUGGAGAAAGCAGAGAGCCUGCAGGUGACAAGAGGAGACUUCCUUGCUUCUCUGGAGAAUGAUAUCAAACCAGCAUUUGGAACAAACCAAGAGGAUUAUGCAAGUUACAUUAUGAAUGGUAUUAUCAAAUGGGGUGAUCCAGUUACACGAGUUCUAGAAGAUGGGGAGCUGCUGGUUCAGCAGACUAAAAAUAGUGACCGCACACCACUGGUUAGCGUCCUUUUGGAAGGCCCUCCUCAUAGUGGGAAGACUGCUCUAGCCGCGAAGAUUGCAGAGGAAUCCAACUUCCCCUUCAUCAAGAUCUGUUCUCCUGAUAAGAUGAUUGGCUUUUCUGAGACAGCCAAGUGUCAGGCCAUGAAGAAGAUCUUUGAUGAUGCGUACAAAUCCCAGCUUAGUUGUGUGGUUGUGGACGACAUUGAGAGACUGCUUGAUUAUGUUCCGAUUGGCCCUCGAUUUUCUAAUCUGGUAUUACAGGCUCUUCUCGUGCUACUCAAAAAGGCACCUCCUCAGGGCCGCAAGCUUCUUAUCAUCGGGACCACUAGCCGCAAAGAUGUCCUUCAGGAGAUGGAGAUGCUCAAUGCUUUCAGCACCACCAUCCACGUGCCCAACAUUGCCACAGGAGAGCAGCUGUUGGAGGCUCUGGAGCUUUUGGGCAACUUCAAAGAUAAGGAACGCACCACGAUCUCGCAGCAAGUCAAAGGGAAGAAGGUCUGGAUAGGUAUCAAGAAGCUGCUGAUGUUGAUCGAGAUGUCGCUCCAGAUGGAUCCUGAAUACCGUGUGAGGAAAUUCUUGGCCCUCUUAAGAGAAGAAGGAGCUAGCCCCCUGGACUUUGAAAAUGGACUCUUUGAACACGCACAGUGACCAAGGGACGUGACCAAGGUGAAGAGUGAAGACGGCCUGGGACCUUCACUCAGCUUGCUCAAGAUCCUAGGCGAAGUGAAAUGUUCCCUGCCUUCAACACGUGCUCACUCUGCAUGAUUAGUGCAAUAAAACUCCCUUCCUUGUGCUUACUCGGUCCGUUUUGUGGAAGGUACACAUUUGCUCUAGAACGCUCUGCUUCCCUCUCUGUGCAAGCUAGGAUGAUUUCUUCUUCCUCGGUCCUGAAGUGCGGGAGAGUUGCUGCACUUGGGAGCGCUACACAUUUCAAGCUCCCUACCACCCUCUCCACCCCAAACCUCUCAGUAAAUGUAAUAUGUUGUAGCACAGCACCUGGCCUGUUAGAAGGAAGACUUUCUAGAUGUAAACCAGGAGCAGUGACUUAGAAGUAUGCGUUCAGAGGGAUUAUCUUACAGCUCGCCUGUACUAACACUAAAGCUACUUGGGUAUUUGGUUAAAGGUUCUCCCAGAAGACUGGUUAUUUUUGCCUGAAGAAACAGGGCUUUGGAUUUCUAAGAUGUGGUUCGCAGUCAUUUUCAGAGAUGUUCCCAAGUUGUAGCCAGGAGAUCUUUCUUAAUAGAAAGUCCGAAUACCACGGUGUUGGCCGUGGCAUCCCCUCAGUGUUACUCGUGUGCUCCGUGGCAAGAGAUGUGGCGGCCAUGACCACGUGGUAGCUGUUGCUAAUGACUUGGGAAAGACCUGUAUGGAAAAAGCCUACACCCCUGAACGGAAAGGAGUCAUUAAAAUAAAGUCAUCUAUAAACCUCUCAGCACUAAUUAGUGUCCAAGUCUAAAUGGGAAAACAUAGUAUUAGAGGCAUAUUACUAGUAUCACCAUUUUUCUUUUUCCUCAGCUUAAUGACUUAGAAUUUAUUCUUCCUUUAUUUUAAACCCUCUGUGCUAUCUAGCGUCGAAAUAAAACACUAUUCUCCAGAAGAAACCAUUUUCUAGCCCUCACCCUGAGACUUUUAACAUCCAUUCCAGUGCGUUUAACACACUUCCUUUCCCCUCCGCACGCUCCUUGCAAGGGGAAGGAGCACCAGUGGUUUGUCUGAUAACUGAGUUAGAAGGAAUGGGUCAGGUCAUCGUAUCGGUGAGGAAACUUAGGAAGCGCGCCACUGUCUCCCCACCGCGGCUUCGAAUGCAGGGACGAGCAGUCAGCAGCCACCUGAAGGUGCCUCAUGCCGCCCAUGAGGCUUGUGGCCACAGUGGCACUUGGGUGUAGCUGUCAUUUGUGCCCAUGGUAGAAGGCAGAUUAUCUCCAGAUCCUGCCAUCUGUAUAUUUUUGGUUGACUUCCGUGUCCUAGCUACUUCGUUUUGGGUUUUCACCCCUAGCUUAUUUUGUGGCUUUUUAAACAGAUUUUGUAUUGUGUAAUUCUGUGAUCCCUGAUGGCCAGUACCCCGGGUCGCCUGAUCUGUUGUGCUUGCCUCUUUUCUCCUCCCAGGAAAGCCACACACAUUGUAUUAACUUAUGGCUCUCGUUAAAUGAUCUUUAUGUCUUUGUGUUUUGUCCAAAACUAUAUUGAAAAAUAUAUAUUGUUUCAUGCAAAUGAAGGAAUGCAAUAAAGAGUACCUAUACUCGA